UUAACGUCACCGCGUCACCUCUACGUGCGGCCCCAACCUAUGCUGGGAAAGUGUUUCCGCCAAGAUGGUUGUCGGUGCCUUCCCUAUCGCCAAGCUCCUCUAUCUCGGAGUGAGGCAGAUGAGCAAACCUAUAGCGAACCGAAUAAAAGCGGGAGCCCGGAGAAGCGAGUUCUUUAAGGCUUACAUUUGUGGGCCGCCGGCACAGAUUUACCACUGGGUUGAGAUGAGAACAAAGAUGCGGAUCAUGGGCUUCCGGGGCUCCGUCAUUAAGCCACUGAAUGAGGACACGGCUGCAGAGCUGGGUGCAGAGUUGCUGGGAGAGGCAGUCAUCUUCCUCAUUGGUGGGGGAUGUAUGGUGCUGGAGUACAGCAGGCAGGCUGCUAACUCUCGGCGCAAAGAAGAGGAGCUUAACGAGACCAUCACAAGCCUACAGACUGAACUAGCAGAACACCUAACCACAGAGGCUCUAGAUGCUCAGCUGAGAGAGAUCAACAGGCAACUGCUGUCCUUUCCUGUUCCCACUAAAAAGUGAUUAAAAUGGUUAUUUGCUAAAUGACAUGACCCUAUAUGUUGGUCUGUGUGAACAAGAACAAGAGUGCACAACAUAGUACUGCAAUAUGUACAGCUUGAUUAUGACCAUGCUUCAUACACCAUCCCCAGCCAAUUGAGUUGGGUGGAAAAGGUGGAGAUAUAGCAUAUCAACUGUGGAUUUGAGUCCUAUUAUUAGCUCAUGAUUUGAGCAACUAGUUGUAAAGGGGGAUUGCUAUGAUAUUCAUAGUGUAUUUCUGUGGAUGAUUUUGCAUGUUCAUUAUAAAGAUGGCUGUAUAUAAAGAUUUACAAUAAAAGGCAAUGGCUCCCUUAAAGGUAAUAUAUUUUAUAACAGCACAACAGCAUAUUACAUUCUGUUUAUAUUUAAGAGUUCCAUAUUAUCAGAUUUUCCUGAAUCAUUUCAUGCCCUGAUUGUGAGUGACUGGAUUAUAUAAUAAUAUUGCAACAUUUUGUGCACUUGAUUGAAGGCCACAACAACAAAUUAACACAUUAUUGAAUAAUUUUAAGAGUGUCUCCCCCUACAGUUUCAUGGACAUGUCAUGUUGUAUUUAAACACUGUAAAUCACUUUUAUGGUUCUUGUAAAUUGUAAACUGUAAAAGGAUGGUGUCAAAUAAAAUGGUUUGCUGUCAA